CAGCAGACCUUUUAAUCAACAACCAACACGCUGAUCAAGACCAGCCUUUCGUAUAUUCUUUGUGCCGUCAAAGUUGUCAUCUAACGACAAAUCAUUAGAAGAUAAUUGACACACUUUUUAAUAUUAAUGAGGCGAAAUUACUCAUCUUAAGGAAUACAAUUUAAAAACGGCAUUCGCGCGUUCCCAGAAAAUCGAUGCUAUUGUAAUCGAUUGCACGUCCUGAAGUUCAGGGGUCACUCGUGAACAGCGCUGUGGAAGUAGACGGCUCUAAAAUCAACUGUUUAUUUACAAUGUUUAUCUUUAUCUUUACCGAUUUACUCAUGAGCUACAUUAAAAACCGUUUACCCAGUUAAUAAAUCUGUAUACCUUUUCGCUAUUCUCUCUUUUUACGUCUAGAAUUAAACCUGACCAACGGCAAACUGAUAAGUUGUUAACGUUAGCCAUUAAGACUUCUUUUAGAUUUCUGAUUAGGUGUUACAAAGAGAAGAGUUUCAUCUGCUGGUAAAAAUAUACACAAUAUACUACCAAAAUGCAGGAAUUAAUCGCGUGUGUCGAUCAUAUCAAGUUUGAUCUAGAAAUUGCUGUAGAACAACAAUUAGGCGCUCAACCAUUGCCUUUUCCAGGAAUGGAUAAAUCUGGCGCAGCUGUAUGCGAGUUCUUCAUGAGAGCUGCCUGUAUGAAAGGUGGAAUGUGUCCUUUCCGACACAUCAGUGGAGAAAAGACUGUGGUGUGCAAGCACUGGCUUAGAGGUUUAUGCAAGAAAGGAGACCAAUGUGAAUUUUUACAUGAGUAUGAUAUGACAAAGAUGCCUGAAUGUUAUUUCUACUCUAAAUUUGGGGAGUGCAGUAAUAAAGAGUGUCCAUUUUUGCACAUUGACCCAGAAUCUAAGAUUAAAGAUUGCCCGUGGUAUGAUAGGGGGUUUUGUAAGCAUGGUCCGGAUUGCAGGCACAGACACACAAGAAGAGUCAUCUGUGUAAAUUACCUUGUUGGCUUCUGCCCGGAGGGCAAGUCAUGCAAAUUUAUGCACCCAAGAUUUGAACUCCCUAUGGGUGCUGCUGAACAGCCACCAUUACCACAACAGGCACAGUCUCAGCAAAAGUUUAAUUUCCAGCAGCAAAACAUGCAGCCCAUAAACAGGUUAUCACAGUCACUCAUCCAGUUAACCAACACCAAUAUCAACAACAACCAGAGAAUGCCAAAUGCUGUUGGGAUAGUGCACUCUAAUAACAACAUGGGUGGACCUCGCGGUCCUCGUCCACUGGAUCAAGUUACAUGCUACAAGUGCGGUGAGAAGGGCCAUUACGCAAACAAAUGCACAAAAGGACACCUGGCUUUUUUGAGUGGACAGUAAAGUUUUCUACAAAAAGGAUCUCCAAUAAAUGGAACUAUAACUUGCAAAGUGACAUAUUUAAUUCCUGGUACAUUAAAGAAAUAGUUCGCCCAAAAAUGAAAAUUUGCUGAAAACUGCCUCACCUUCAGGCCAUCCAGGAUGUACGAGGUUGUUUCUUCAUCAGAACAGAUUUAGAGAAAUUUAGCAUAACAUCACUUGCUCACCAGUGGAUCCUCUGCAGUGAAUGGGUGCCGUCAGAAUGAGAGUCCAAACAGCUGAUAAAAACAUCACAGUAAUCCACGACUCCAACAAUUUUCAUAUUGUGAAGUGAAAAACCGCAUGUUUUUAAAAAACAAAUCUGUCAUUAAUGCAGGUGGAUUAUUGUGAUGUUUUAUCAGUUGUUUGGACUCUCAUUUUGAAGGCACCCAUUCACUGCAGAGGAUCCACUGGUGAGCAAGUGAUGUUAAAUUUCUCCAAAUCUGUUCCAAUGAAGAUACAAACUCAUCUACAUCUGGGAUGGCCUGAGGGUGAGUACAUUUAAAUUUUUGGGUGAACCAUUUCUUUAACUUUUCACUGCAAAAGCUAUAGUCGAGGGACAUAAACGUGGCUCUACCUCACUGUCCAUGUGCCAAGUGCGUCUCAGUUAGUACACAAUGAAAACGUAGAAUGAUCAGUAACCACCGUUUUCAUAGAUUUUUGUUUUACUCUCACAUGAAACCUUAUAGUCUUUUGUAUUGGAGCAACAAGCAUCUUGAUUGCUUAAACUUUAAAGCAAUGGUGAAAAUAGAGCAGAGUAUAUGUUUUUAGAGAAAAUGUUGUCAAUUAACAACCAAAAUUAUCCAAAAUUGGAGAGGCAGAAAGGACAUCACUUUGUAGUCCAUCAGGAUGUGUGUUUAUAUUAAAUGAAACCGUUUGUUGGGUUGUUGUACUUGUUACAAUAAAGAUUUACUGGAUUUAUGAAACCAUUA